AUGCCCAUACCAAAUCGUAGCUCAGAUUUAUCCGCCAUUGCGGUUAAUACAAAUAUUCCAGAUGAUAGUGUCGAUUGUGGAAUACGCGUUUUGGGCUGGUGCCGUGGCCCUUGGUGUCAAAAAUAUGCUCGCCUGCGAACUUUUGUCCUGAUUUUGGCCAUUGCUGGCCUUAUCCAGGGCAUGUGUGAAACAUAUUUUCGCAUCUCAGCAAAACAGGCGGCCUUGGAGAAUGGCUGGAAUCCCCUGGCUGUGGAAUGGCUCCUGGUAAGCAGUGGCAUAUUCCAGGCCAUAUUCGCCUUGGCAUUUGCCUAUUGGGCUCAUCGAAUCCAUCCGAUCAGUUGGUUGGGUGGUGUUAUAAUAUUGCAAGGUGUGACCUGCAUUAUAUCAAUGUUGCCAUCCAUUAUGAAUUUUGCCGAUGGCUUGCGGUAUACGGACACAGCUGCCGAGGAUAGUAUUUGUGCCACAACCUGGCAGACGGGCAAACUAAUAUCCCAGGCGAAUAGCAAAUAUUUAAUUCUGGCAAUGUUGUUCGUUUUACAGUUCGCCCUGGGACUGGGGUCAUUGGCCUUCUACACCAUUGGGAUAACUUAUAUUGAUGAUAAUUCCGAUUCCAUAGAUAGUCCGGCUGUUAUUGCCACAGCAUUUGGUGCCAAGUUGGUUGGCAUGCAAACCGGUUCCAUGUUGGUGAUGGGUGUUGGAGCCAUCGGUUUGGGUUGGUGGUUGGGAUGGGCCAUAUUGGCCCCCGUGGUUAUUGUCAGUGGUAUUCUAUUGGGUCUGUUCCCAAAGCAGCUGCCGAAAACGGUAAUACAUCAAGCGGCCCAAAGAAUUAUUGAAGAAUCACGUAGCCGUCAAUUCGGCAGCCAAUUCUCAACCUACAUCGAUGACACGGCCUUCGGACCUUCGGUGAAACGUGUCUUUGGCAAUAAGUUGCUAAUGUUCAAUAUUCUCAGUAUUAUGUUUAUACAAUCGGGUUCGAUUAACUACUCCCUGCAGGAGGAGAAUUAUUUACAAUCGAGGUUUUAUUUACCCUUUAGCGAGGAGGAUGGUUUGGAGCAGGAAUGGAGGUCGAGAUUUGUGUCGUUCUUCAUGAAACCCGCUGUGGCAGCUUUAUCGAUGUUUAUUGGUGGUCUGGUGAUAUCGAAAUGGAAAUUUAGUGGAAGGAAAAUUGCUGCCAUCAACAUGGGCCUGUGCGUGAAGCUCUUGGCCAUUUAUAUCGCCUUUAUCUUCAUCAAAUGUGAUGUGGGACCCAUUGCCGGGGUGACAAAUGGUAAAAUUGAACAGCCAGCCUGUUCCCGUAAUUGUAUUUGUACACCAACCUCAUUUAUGCCUGUGUGUCCGGAAAAUUCCACUGUCACGUAUUUUGCACCAUGCUAUGCGGGAUGCUCCAGGAAAUCGAUUAUUAAUAAUGUGGAGUUAUUCGAAGGCUGCAGCUGUGGUGGCACCGAUAAUUAUGAAAUGGAUUUGACCAAUAGUAAGCGGGCCACCCUGGGAGCCUGCAGCAGGGAUAAAUGUAAUGAAAUGUUGUGGAUUUUCCAAAUGCUAAGCCUGUCAACGGCUGUGGUUUAUGGCAUGACAACCAUUGGAAAAAUUAUUAUCAGUUUACGAAGUGUUCUGCCCCAAGAUAAAGGCCUGGCCCUGGCAAUGGAGGUGAUGUGUGUGGGCUUAUUCGCCUAUAUUCCGGUCCAUCUGGCCUAUGAUGUUGUGUCACGUGUCACCUGUAUCUAUUGGGCGCCGAAUUAUGCCCAAUGUCUGCUGCGUGAAACACCCAAGCAUGGCAACAUUUUGAAUAUAUUAACGGCCAGUUUAAUAUUUAUUGGUUUGGUAUUCGACAUCCUCGUGUUUGUUUACAUAAAGGGUCUGAACAUUUACAAUUGUAAGGUGACCGAUCACAAUUACACCCCUUCGCUAUAUUCAGCGGUACCACAAGGUGAUCCCACGCAUACGGCAGCAGGUGGCAGCCCGGUGACGACAAUGACAACUGUAUCUCGGCAAGCACCACCACCACAACCCACUAGACCAGCACCAAAUCCGGAAAUUACGGUAUUCCGACAACCCAGCACACUGACAAAUUCAUCGGGAGGUGGCAGCAGUGUUGUCGAACCAUCAACUAAUGGUGUAACCUAUGCUCAGGUGGUAUUCCCGCCAGAUAAACGUAAGCCGAAUGAUGGUAGUGCCAGUCCUAAACGUAUGGCUGUGAGGGCAGAUGUUCCGCUGCAUCACCUAUCGACAGAUGAUGUUCGCACACAAUUGAGUAAUUUGAAGUCGUUUAGUCCUCAGAAAGCCACCGCAACAACAACUUCCGAUACCACAACUACUACCACGACAAAUGAACAAAUUUCAAAUAAUAGUCCGGUGGCAACUGUGAAGAGCUCCACAGGUGCCAUACCCAAAAAACAGAAGCCAAUCGAAACCGAUUUAGAUGCUAUACGACCCCAGAGUCCUGAAACUGAUUUUUAG